UGCCCAGGCCCGUGGAGAUCCUGGGCAGAGCCCCCCAGAUCAACCCAUCGGCACUGGGGGGCAGCCGGCCGUGCCCGGUCUCCCUGCGUGCCUUAAGCACAACGUGGGGUGUCCCCCCCCACAGGCAGGGCCAGGGGGAUGGUGCCUGCAACGGAGCUGGCCCAGGAGUGUCGUGACCCCCCGUUGUCCCCCCGGGGUGCAGCCACCUUGGCUGUUUGGGGACCGGCGCUGCUCCGCAGCGUGGGCAUCCCCGGGGGCGAGUCCUGCCCCCAGCAGCAGCGUGCCCCCACCUCACCCACAGGCAGCCCUGGUGGGAGGGACGACGAUGAUCAUCGGCCACGUGCUGCCCGACAAGGAGACCUCGCUGCUGGACGCCUACGAGAAGUGCCGCAGCCUGGCCGACCCCAAGGUCUGCUGCGACUACGCCCUGCACAUGGGCAUCACUUGGUGGGCGCCCAAGGUGAAGGCAGAGAUGGAGACGCUGGUGCGGGAGAAGGGGGUGAACUCCUUCCAGAUGUUCAUGACCUACAAGGACCUGUACAUGCUGCGGGACAGCGAGCUCUACCAGGUCUUCCGCGCCUGCCGCGACUUCGGGGCCAUCGCCCGGGUGCACGCCGAGAACGGCGAGCUGGUGGCCGAGGGAGCCAAGGAGGCGCUGGAGCUGGGCAUCACGGGGCCGGAGGGCAUCGAGAUCAGCCGGCCUGAAGAGCUGGAGGCCGAGGCCACGCACCGCGUCAUCACCAUCGCCAACAGGACCCACUGCCCCGUGUACCUGGUGAACGUCUCCAGCAUGUCGGCCGGGGACGUCAUCGCCAGCGCCAAGAUGCAAGGGAAGGUGGUGUACGCGGAGACGACCACGGCGCACGCCACGCUCACCGGGCUGCACUACUACCACCAGGACUGGUUCCACGCCGCCGCCUACGUGACGGUGCCGCCCCUGCGCCUGGACACCAACACCUCCGCCUACCUCAUGAGCCUGCUCGCCAACGACACCCUGAACGUCGUGGCCUCCGACCACCGGCCCUUCAGCACCAAGCAGAAGGCCAUGGGCAAGGAGGACUUCACCAAGAUCCCGCACGGUGUCAGCGGGGUGCAGGACCGCAUGAACAUCAUCUGGGAGCGGGGCGUGGUCGGGGGCAAGAUGGAUGAGAACCGCUUCGUGGCCGUGACCAGCUCGAACGCCGCCAAGCUGCACAACCUGUACCCCCGCAAGGGCCGGAUCAUCCCCGGGGCCGACGCCGAUGUGGUGGUGUGGGACCCCGAGGCCACCAAGACCAUCUCGGCCAGCACCCAGGUGCAGGGCGGGGAAAUCAACCUGUACGAGAACAUGCGCUGCCACGGGGUGCCCCUGGUCACCAUCAGCCGCGGGCGCGUGGUCUACGAGAACGGCGUCUUCAUGUGCGCCGAGGGCACCGGCAAGUUCUGCCCCCUCCGCUCCUUCCCGGACUCCGUCUACAAGAAGCUGGUGCAGCGGGAGAAGAGUUUAAAGCUCAGGGGCGUGGAUCGCACCCCGUACCUGGGGGACGUGGCCGUGGUUGUGCAUGCAGGGAAAAAAGAGACGGGGACGCCCCUUGCAGAUACGCCCACCCGGCCUGCCACGCGACACGGGGGCAUGAGGGACCUGCACGAGUCCAGCUUCAGCCUGUCCGGUUCGCAGAUCGAUGACCACGUUCCAAAGCGAGCUUCGGCCCGGAUUCUCGCUCCCCCCGGAGGCCGGUCUAGCGGCAUUUGGUAAAGCCGGGGACCUGUCCCCCAACUGAGGACGCGGGCGCCGGGCCCCGCGCC